AUGGCACGUUCAACUUUGAGCACUUUAGACAACUCUGAUCUUUACACCGUCGGAUGGAUCGCCGCUCUCCCCAUAGAGCGUGCCGCAGCGACUGCAAUGCUUGAUGACCGCCACAAUACACCGUGUGACUUCAUCCAACAUCCUUCCGACACGAACUCAUACACCUGGGGCAAGAUGGGAGAGCAUAACGUCGUGAUUGCCUCGCUCCCCGCUGGCCUAUAUGGCAUAGCCUCCGCAGCGAAUACGGCAUCAAGCCUUCUCUCAUCAUUGCCUCACAUUCGAAUCGGCCUGCUAGUAGGGAUUGGUGGCGGUAUCUCUCAGCCUGACCAGGGUCGAGAUAUUCGACUUGGCGACAUUGUCGUCAGCCAGCCACAGGGAACAACUGGUGGAGUAAUUCAGUAUGACCUUAAGAAGGCGAUCGCAGGUCAAAAGCAGGAUCGGAAAGACUUUCUUAGUAUGCCCCCACAAGUCCUCCUCCAAGCACUUGGAGCUCUGCAAGCAGACCACGAACUAGAGGAAUCUAUGGUGCCCGAAUUUCUGAGUGCUAUGCCGCGAAAAUCCUCCCGGACCGCCAGUGGCACUAAGAAAAACGACGGGUAUUCACAUCAAGGAUUCGAAAACGACAGGCUUUUCAGGUCAUCAUACAUUCACACGGGUGGACAUGACUGUCAUGGCUGUGAUUCGACAGAAGAGGUAGAGCGUGAUGAGCGGGACACCGCCGACCCAGAAAUUCACUAUGGGAUUAUUGCGUCUGGAAACACAUUGGUCAAGGAUGCCGCCACGAGAGACAAGAUUGUGGAUGAUGUCGGUGAGGAAUGUAUCUGCUUCGAGAUGGAAGCCGCUGGCCUGAUGAAUUCCUUUCCAUGUCUCGUUAUCAGGGGGAUUUGCGAUUAUGCCGAUUCACACAAGAAUGAUCGGUGGCAACGAUAUGCCUCUGCUACCGCUGCUGCCUAUGGAAAAGAGCUCCUCAGUUAUGUUCCUUGGCUUUCACCGUCUGAUACGUCAAUCAAUCUCAACGAGGCGCUGAAAAAACGACAAGAGGGAACUGGCUCCUGGUUCCUCAAAUGUGAGCCUUUCCAAGAGUGGAAAACAGGGAAAAAUCAGUCUCUAUGGCUACAUGGGAUCCCCGGUUGUGGGAAACCGAUUCUUAGUGCCACGACUAUUGACCAUCUCAACCAGACAGCUACAGCUGAGUCUUCAUCUGUCAUACUUGACUUCUUCUUCGACUUCACAGAUACCGAUAAGCAGUCACUGAAUAAGCUUAUUCGAUCCCUCAUCUCACAGCUUUACUCGAGAUGCCCGGAUUCCCGAUUGGAGCUGGAUGAAGUAUUUUCAUCUCACGGAAAUGGCAACCGUCAGCCAACAGAAAAAGCACUUUUCGAAGUAUUCUCGACAAUGCUGAAUCAAAUCAAAACUGUGCAAAUUGUCAUUGAUGCCCUUGAUGAAUGUGUCACUAGGAAAGAUCUACUCCUUUGGAUAGAAGGUCUCAUCAGCCUAAAACAUUCAGGCCUCUACCUUCUCGUUACCAGUCGAAGGGAGGAAGAAAUUGAGUCAGGACUACAGCACUUUAUCCAUGAUGGGGGUAUCAUUCCCCUUCAGCAAGAUCUGGUUAACGCUGAUAUUCGCACGUAUGUCCAUCAACGACUAUUGGAUGGCCGUGGGUUCGAGAGGUGGUCCUCACAUCCAGAUGUGCAGAGAAAGAUUGAGAUUGAAUUGAUGCUGAAAGCCAAUGAAAUGUUCAGAUGGGCUGCAUGUCAACUUGAUGUUUUACAGGAUUGUAUAAAUAUCGAGCUGCUUGAGAAGUCGCUACAGCGUCUGCCCAAGACACUAGAGGAGACCUACGGCAGGAUCUUGGCCGGCAUAAGCGAAAGCCACAGAGAGUACGCAGUGAGGCUCCUGCAGUUUUUGACAUACUCAGAGCGACCUCUGACGAUUGAGGAAGCUGUUGACGUUAUGGCCAUCAACUUAAAUCGAGAUCCCUCAUUUGAUCCCGCCCGGAGAAUGCCAAACCCUCGAGAGAUUGUGAGAUUUUGCUCGAGCCUCGCCUCUAUUGUUGAAAGAGAAAGUGUACAGAAACCGUGGGAAACCCCAGAUAGGGUCGUGGUGGUGGAGCUUCAGUUGGCGCAUUUCUCGGUUCAGCAAUACUUAAAAUCCAGUGGGAUUCAAAGUAGCUUCCCAAAAGAUGCCACUGAGAACGGUGCGGCGUUUCAAAAGGAGAUGCAUGAAAUGACUGCAAGAGGUCUAAUCACAAGAACAUGCCUUGCAUAUUUGUCUCAUCCAGACCACCAAAAAACCUUCGAAGAAAUCCGAACAGAGUUUCCAUUCGUGCGUUACUCUGCUCAACUUUGGAUUGACCAUGCAAUUGUCACAGAGACAGAGAAAGUGGUGGAGCAAAGCAUCAUAGAAUUUUUCCUACCACAGAGCCAAGCAUUCAGGGUAUGGUUUGGUCUUCAACAUGCGACACGACUGCUCCUUGAUGCCGGCGCUGAUAUCAACGCACAGGGAGGAGCCCUCGGCAAUGCACUCCAGGCUGCCUCAUUCAGAGGUAAUAUUACGAUCGUGCAGCUGCUCCUUGAUGCUGGCGCCGAUGUCAACGCACAGGGAGGAAAAUAUGGCAGUGCACUCCAAUCUGCGUCAUCUGGAGGUCAUAUGGACAUUGUGCAACUGCUUCUAGACGCCGGCGCUGAGUACAACCAGGAGAAUUGGGACUCAAACGACUCUUCAUUCAAAUUUUAG